AUGGCCUUGCGCAUACUCAUUGAACAACUCAUUCAGAAUGGAGAGUUGGGGCAAUUUGUGAUGAAGGGGGAUAGAAACAAAGGAAAAACGGAGAGGAAUGUGUGGAAAAGGAAUCCCGGAAAGAACAACAAGGCAUUCGUCCCACCCGGGUCAACUGACGAGAAGGCGGUCGGAAAGAAACCAGUGAUCCACGUCAUCUACGGGGGCCCUGAAGGAGGUGAUUCUUCGCGCCAAAGGAAGCAGUGGGCGAGGAACUUAUACGUUGGGACGAUCCACUCGGAGCCCCGAGAGAAGAAGAAGCGUACAGAGCCAAUAUCUUUCACUGACGAUGAUCUACCACUCCAUGGGGAAGCCCAAAAUGACCCGCUCGUCAUCACACUAGAUGUCAGCGGAACGGAUGUCCAGCGGGUGCUGGUUGACACAGGGAGCUCGGUGAACAUUUUAUACUUUGAUGUCUUUACACAAUUAGGUUUGUCCACCGAUCGGUUAACCCCCAUUCGGACCCCGCUGUCUGGUUUCACGGGCGACUCCAUAGAAGUUCGGACCCCGCUGUCUGGUUUCACGGGCGACUCCAUAGAAGUAGAGGGAGUCAUCCGCUUGGACGUGGAGUUGGGCAGCCAACCGAACGUAUUGAAGACUACCAUGGACUUUGUGGUAGUGAAAUUGAAGUGUGUUCACAACGCCAUACUUGGACGACCAGGCAUCACUCGCGCAGCUGCUGUUCACCUAAUGGGAUUGGAGUGGCCUGAGGAGACCAACGUGCUGCUCGGCAAUGCUACGUGCGAGCGGUCAAGCAGUCGGACCGGGAGGAAAGCAGGAUUCACACCAUAUCCUAGCAGGUCGACCAUGGAGAGCUGA